AUGACGGAUUUGUGCAGAGCUAGAGAUGCCACGCGUAUCAUCAAAAACGCUGGUCGGAUCAGCUGGAAGAGGGUCCAGGCAGUUUUCUGCGACAUGAGGGUGCUACAAGCUGAGACGAACGUGAUCCACUACAGUGCUGCCAUUUCUGUCCUCUUCGGCCAUUGGCCCCUAGCCUUGGCCUUCCUGGAACACUGCAGUCAGGAUACCGUCAGCUUCAAUGCGAUGUUAGGGGUUUUUGCCAAGAACGCCAUGUGGCAAGUGGCACUGGACAUGCUUUGUCGCCAAGAUUCCAUCGAUUCUGCUAUAGAUGUGGACGUUGUCAGCUACAGCACAGUCGUCAGCGCAUGUGAGAAGGCUGGGCGUUGGCGUGCUGCCAUGGGAGUCCUGGCUUUGAUGUCGGCAAAAACGACGAGGCCCAGCCUCGUCACCUUCAGCACAAUUCUUAGCUCAUGUGGCAAAGCAGGAGAGUGGGCAAAAGGCCUUACAUGCUUGACAGAGAUGCGGCGGCAGCUCUCUGAGCCCAACCUGAUCACUCUGAACUCGGCGAUUACAUUGUGCGACAGGAGCUUCCAGUGGCAGGCAGCCCUUUUUACGGCAUCCUGGCUUGGAUGCCAGUCCUUAAAUCCAGAUGACAUCACCUGCAGAGCCGCAAUGAGUGCAUGCCAGAAGGUGGGUCGAUGGUCUCGCGUCAUCGCUCUGCAGGAGCGAGGAUACGCUACAGGCUUCAACCCGGGUGAGGUCGGCUGUCGCUCGGCCAUGGACGCGUGCAGCGACUGGCACCUGUCUUUGGCGCUUUUUGCAACCUCACCUUCUGUGAGGCUCCAUGAAGGUGUCUCAAAUCACCCAGAGGACCUGAGGGCAAGCAUGUCACUGAGUGCCCUCACGUCGGAGGACCUGCCUUGGCAGGCUGUCACGGAAUUGCUUCGAGGCAUGCGCCGUGGUGCAACCCGGCCGAAUGAGAUUUGCAUCAACUCAGCCAUGAGCAUAUUCUCGCGUCAGCAGUGGGACUUGGCUUUGAAACUCAAUCAAGAGGAGAAUUUCCACAGUUUCAAUUGGAAUGCCGCCAUCGCAGCAUGUCAGAGGGUCAGCCACUGGCAGCGAGCCUGCUGGAUGCUUCGGGUACCAGGGAUUGAUGUGGUCGGCUUCAAUUCGGCUUUGCGAGAUGCGGACAAGUGGCAGCAUGCCAUGUGGCUCUUCGACAAGCUGACCCUUCAAGGCCUUCAGAGCACAGUCGUAAGCUUCAACUCGUUGGUGGCUGCUUAUGAAAAGGGCAAUCACUGGGACCUGGCAAUGCUUGCUUUAAGCUUGGGCCGCUUGGGGAGACAGGCAAAGGAGGAGAAGGGGGAGGGCCUAGAGCCCACAACCGUUUCAUGCAAUGCCGCCCUGAGCGCUUGCGAGAAGUGCGGCUUGUGGACACAGUCACUGAGCUUGCUUUCGUCGCAGGAGUUUUUCACGAAGGCGUGGCUGUCUCCAGACAUCAUCAGCUUCAGCGCGGCAGUCAGCGCCUGCGAGAAGGCAUCGAGUUGGCUCAACGCCCUCGGCCUCCUGGGCCGAGCUGCCGGUUGCCGUGUGCGCAGCAACCUGAUCUGUGCCAAUGCGGCGACCAGCGCUUGCGAGGGAGCCGGACAGUGGCAGGAAGCGUUGCAGAGCUUCGGGGCCAUGCGGCGAAGUGCCCUGCAGCCGGACCUCCUCAGCCACAGCGCUGCGAUGAGCGCCAUGGAGAAGGCAGGCCGAUGGCAGCUACCAACUUUGAUCCUGCAGGAAAUGUCUGCUUGCAUUUUGCAAGCUGAUGUUAUUUGUUGCCAGGUGGCCAUCAGUGCUUGCGAGACGGCGGAGGUGGCACGAGCGGGCAUUGAGCCGGCGAAUGUUAACGAUGGCUGA